AUGAGGGUGCUGCUGCCCUCGGCAUGCCUGUGCCCCGUGCUGCUGUGCCUGUGCUUGCUGGAACGCUGCUGUGGCAACGGCCAUCACCUCAUCACCCGCCUCAGCCAGCACCAGAACCACAGCCGCGGGGGUAACGAUACGGAGGUGCAUCACCGGCCCAAACGAGGCUGGAUCUGGAACCAGUUUUUCGUGUUGGAGGAGCACAUUGGCCCCGAUGCACAAUACGUUGGCAAGCUGCACUCAAACUCGGACAAAGGGGAUGGCUCAGUGCGCUAUAUCCUGAGCGGGGAGGGGGCGGGCACCAUCUUCAUCAUUGACGAGACAACGGGAGACAUCCACGCCACCAAGAGCCUGGACCGUGAGCGCAAGGCGCACUAUGUGCUGCACGCCCAGGCCAUCGACCGACACACGCUGAAGCCCCUGGAGCCGGAGUCCGAGUUCAUCAUCAAGGUGCAGGACAUCAAUGAUAACGCCCCCAAGUUCCCCGAUGGACCCUUCAGAACCUCGGUCGCCGAGAUGUCGGAAGUCGGCACGUCAGUGUUCCAGGUAACAGCGACAGACGCGGACGACCCCACGUACGGCAACAGCGCCAGAGUGGUCUACAGCAUACUGCAGGGUCAGCCAUACUUCUCCGUGGACCCCAUGACAGGUAUCAUCCGUACGGCGUUGGCGAAUAUGGACCGUGAGGCGCGGGAGCACUACGCGGUGGUGAUCCAGGCCAAGGACAUGGCGGGACAGGUGGGCGGCCUCUCAGGCUCCACCACCAUCAACAUCACGCUCACAGACGUCAACGACAACCCACCCAAGUUUCCCAAGGAGUCCCUCCAGUUGUUUGUGCCUGAAUCUGCGGAGGUGGGGAAGCCGGUGGGGAAGAUAGCUGCCCACGACGCAGACCUGGGGCCCAAUGCAGAGACCAAGUACACCAUCCUGAACACCGAGGCCCAGGCCGUCUUCACUAUUGCCACAGGCAGCGACGGACGGGAGGGCAUUAUAAGCCUUAAAAAGCCACUGAACUUCGAGAAGAAGACGAUGUACACGCUGAAAAUCGAAGGCGCCAACACGCACCUGGACCCGCGCUUCUCCUACCUGGGCCCCUACAAGGACACGACACAGUUGAAGAUCACGGUAGGGGACGUGGACGAGCCGCCCGUCUUCUUGAUGGAUUACUACAUCAUGGACGUCUUCGAGAACGCACCCAUCGGAACGCCGGUGGGGACCGUCACCGCAAGGGACCCCGAUAGGAAGAGCAGCCGAGUCAGGUACUUCAUGGAGCCCAGUCUAAAUGAGGAUGAUGGCUUCAUCAUCGAGCCAGAGACCGGCCUCAUCCGCACCACCUACAUGCUGGACCGAGAGGAGACGCCUCUGCACAACAUCACUGUGUCAGCAGCAGAGAUUGAUAACCCUUCCAUGGUGAGCCACGUGCCCGUCACUGUCCAGGUGCUUGACAGGAAUGACAACCCUCCUGAGAUCAAGAGCGAUGAGGACAUCAUUGUGUGUGAAAACACCCGGCCGGGACAGGUGAUCCAGACGGUGUCAGCGGUGGAUAAGGAUGACUUUGCUAACGGCCAGCGGUUCUCCUUCUCCCUCCCUGUUGGAAUCCCGAUCAAUCCCAACUUCACCCUCAAGGACAACGAUGACAGCACGGCGAGCAUCAUCGGGCGGCGGCGGCGCUUCAACCGGCUGUCCCAGGAGCUGUACACGCUGCCCAUCGUGGUGUGGGACAACGGCGAGCCCAUGCUGAGCGGCACCAGCACGCUGACGCUGCGCGUGUGCCCGUGCCAGCGCGGCACGCGGGCCAAGGUGUGCCAGAGCGAGGCCUUCCUGUCGUCGGCGGGCCUCAGCACGGGGGCCCUCAUCGCCAUCCUGCUUUGCGUCCUCAUACUGCUCGCGAUCGUGAUCCUGUUCAUCACGUUGCGUCGGAGCAAGAAGGAGCCGCUGAUCAUCUCAGAGGAGGACAUCCGGGAGAACGUGGUCACCUAUGACGACGAGGGCGGUGGCGAGGAGGACACUGAGGCCUUCGACAUCAGCGCCCUGCGGAACCCAUCUGCCGCCGAGGACCUCAAGUUUCGCCGCGACAUCCGGCCCGACGGUUCCCGACCCCCCCUGGGUGCCAGCCUCUGCGUUGGCCCCGGGUCCGCCCCCAUUCCCGGCCCCUCCCACAAUCACACCCAUGCCCACAACUCCCACCAAUCACAACACGUCCCACACACUCCACGUCGCCUUCUACAGGGCCGAGGCGGUGGAAGCGGAAGCACCGUCUCCCUGGAUACGGAGGCGGAGCUGGACAUCCGCGAGUUCAUUGGCCAGCGGCUGGCGGAGGCGGACCGGGACACGAGUGGACCACCGUACGAUUCGCUGCAGACGUACGCCUUCGAGGGUCAGGGGUCUCCAACCGGCUCCAUCAGCCCGCUGGGCUCUAACGGCACCCAAUCGGAACUGGACUACACUUUCCUGGACGACUGGGGGCCCGAGUUCCGGAAGCUGGCGGAACUCUAUGGGGAGGAGGUCGAGAAGGAGACAGUGAUGGUGGAGACAAAGAAGGAGACAGUGCCAGAGGCAGAGACGGAGGAAGGUACAGAAGCGGAGACGGAGACAGAAAAGCCCUGAUUGCCUAUGUUCCGGCAUAUUCCGGCACGUUGCCUUGCCUUGGUUCGGGAUACCAGAGGAGACGUACAAGUGAAACGGGAGAGUAAAAGCCCUGCCAUGUAUUCCUGCCUCCUGUGCCUUCAGCACAGGUGAUUUAACUAAUUUGUUCAUCAACCGUGAAUCAUCAGCUGGAUGAGUGAACUGGCUGGAUAAAAUAUGUGGCAGGACUUUUACUUUAUGAACCCCGGAGGGAUGUCCGCCUUUGUAGUAUUGCCUGGCUCACUUUGGAGGUGGAUAGGGUUGCAACAAGGAAAUGGUGGUUUGUGCUUAUACUAUGGGACGAACAAAAACAAACUGAACGCGUUACAUUGGAGGACAGAGACAGAUACACAAACCUCUAAAUUUCACACACUCCUCCUCUCUGUGUUGCUCUUUUGCUGGCGUUGUGGUGGAGGAGACUGCUGCUACUCCUGGCCAUGCAGGGGUUAAAAAGGGAGGGGUGCAAAACUGCCUCUUCUUCACUGUCCUUUCUUGCUGUCUUUUUUUCAAACUGUCUGGCUUUGGAGUGUGACUCCAAAUGACUGGAAAAAAGGACUGAUCUCUGGUUUUGACUAAAAAAAAUUAAAUGCCUAAAAAAAAGGAAAAAAAUAUUUUCCCUGGUGUAUAUUUUUUAUUGCUCAAUAAAGUCCUGAGGUCUGGACA